AUGCUAGACAAUAAACUUGUCCUGAAUUUCCUGAGACACCCUUUAAAAUAUGUGAAAUCGAACUGCAGAUUAGAUUUUAUGCUCAAUACUCUAAACAUCCACAACCUCAGAUAUACCUUUAAUAUUAUUGAAAAAUAAAAAAUAUUAUAGCCUACUCUGCGGAGUAUUUGAUUGUGAAAUAUAUGUAAUUAAAGUUUAAUUUUUAGAUUGUAAAUGGGGGAAUUCAUCAUUUUUGAAAAUCACAAAUUUAAAUAAUAAAGACCUCCCAUAUUUUGAUAUAAUUUAAUUUAAACCAUAAUUCAAUAUUCAAAGUAAGAAAACUUAUGGAUUCACUCCUUCGUCAAAACUGGGAGUUUAGUGGCAAGGAUUGGCACAAAACAGAAAAAUAUAUGAAAGGGAAUAAUUUUUAUGUUGGUCAAUUAUUAAAUUUUUAUAAUAAAUUAUAAUGCUGCCUUUACCACUGUAGACUCGGAAAAUGCCAAAGUUAGAUUUAAUGGAUUUAAUUGAAUAAGGAUUCGGGUAAAAUAUGAGUUUAUACUCUGAAAUACCUUCAGAGCUUCAAUAUUGCCAAUUUCAUAAGUAUAAUAAAAAAAAUGAUGAAUGCAUGAUUUUUAAGGAAGAUUACUCAAUUUACAUGUAUGCAAAAAAGUACAAAACUACUUGGCAAAUUUACACAAGAGAUCCAUCAGAUUCAUAAUUUGAUAAAGAGAAUUUCGAAUGGACCUUGAAAAUUGAAGAUGAUGUUUUUAGUCUUUGGAAGAAACCUAAUUAAUUGAUUUCCGUGGUCAAGAUAAUCCAUUGUAAUAAUUAUACUGAAUCAUAUAAUCGAAUGCGUUUGUUGAUUACUAAUGGAAAAAUAAAGACGGUGCCUAUACUGUUUGAUGCAGAUUACUAUCCAUAGGGUUGUGAUUACAUUUCAACUAUUCCCCCAAUCUAUAAUUCGAAGAAUAGACAGUGGCAUAUGCAGGAUUCAGAAAGAAUGGAAAAAGCAAGCAAAAGGAAUUUUUUGUUAGGUUUGCACUGCAAUGAGGAGAAGAAAUAGGUCCUUAAAAUGGGUAAGAUCUAAACAGGAGUGUUCAUAGUGGAUUUUAGGGCACCUAUAAAUUUUGUGACAGCUUUCAGUGUUGCUUUGGCCACAUGCGAACUAAAGUCAAGAAUAAGAGAGUAAUGA